AUGUCGCUAGACGGCAAUGAAUCGCCGAAGGUAGACCAGUACGAUGAGGUAAUGGAGGCUUUAUCUUCACUCAUCACCAAACGUAGUCGUGCUGAUAAGAGCAAUAAAGGCGAUCGGUUUGAUUUAUUAUUUGAUUAUAUCAAGAUAUUGGAAUUAGAGGAGCCAAUAAAAGAGAUGAAUAUUAUUCAUGUAGCGGGCACCAAAGGAAAGGGAUCCACUUGCACUUUUACGGAAUCAAUUUUACGUAAUUGUGGCUUCCAUACUGGACUUUUUACAUCUCCCCACCUCAUCGAUGUUCGAGAAAGAUUUCGAUUGGAUGGUAUAGAUAUUUGCGCGGAAAAGUUUUUGACAUAUUUCUGGUGGUGUUGGAAUCGACUCAAGGAAAGAACCAGUGACGAGGUACCAAUGCCCACAUAUUUUCGCUUCCUUGCUUUACUUGCCUUCAAAAUAUUUGCAGCUGAGAAGGUAGAUGUUGCUAUUCUGGAAGUUGGUUUGGGCGGAAAAUUUGAUGCAACAAAUGUGGUGUGCAUCAUAUACAUAAAUUUGGAUUAG